AUGGCUCUCGCUCUUCCUCAUUGCCCCAGAAUAGCCCAGCAGCGACCAAUGUCUUUCUGGAAUCCCAGUCGCGCAAGUUCGAGCUCGGUGGAUCACUACAGACCACCGGAAAAGGGCUUCAUAGCCUCUCUUCCACGGUCAUGGAUUCCAUACGCGGAGUUGUUGCGCCUUGAUAAACCUACAGGCACAUACUAUCUUUUCUUCCCUUGUCUAUAUUCCACCCUUCUUGCUGCAUCCAUGACGACUUCCACUGGCCCAUUCGAGGUUGCUGGAACUGCCGGUCUAUUUCUCGCCGGUGCCUUGAUCAUGCGAGGUGCUGGGUGUGCGAUCAACGAUCUAUGGGACCGGAAUCUGGAUCCGCACGUUGCAAGAACCAAGUUUCGACCUAUCGCGAGAGGGGCAAUCUCCCCUAGCAAAGCAGUCGCUUUUACUGGCGUUCAACUCCUGGCAGGGCUGGGUGUCUUGCUUCAGUUUCCAACCCAAUGCCUCUGGUAUGGUAUACCUAGCCUGCUUUUGGUGGCCACCUAUCCCCUCGCUAAGCGUAUCACAUACUACCCGCAAGCUGUGCUUGGCCUUACAUUCUCGUGGGGUGCGAUUAUGGGUUUCCCAGCACUGGGUAUUGACCUCCUUCACAAUACUCCUGCCCUGGAAGCAGCUGCUGCUCUCUAUUCUAGUUGCGUCGCCUGGACAAUUCUAUACGAUAUGAUAUAUGCACAUAUGGACAUAAAAGAUGAUGUAGCGGCCGGCAUCAAGUCAAUUGCUCUUCGUCAUGAGAAAAAUACAAAAGCUGUCCUCGGUGCAUUGGCAGGGGUCCAAAUAUCGCUGCUUGCUGCAGCUGGCGUCGUGGCUGGUAGUGGACCUAUUUUCUUUGUCGGCAGCUGCGGCAGCGCAGCUCUUUCCCUUGCUGCGAUGAUUUGGAAAGUUCAGCUAAAGAAUGUACAGGACUGCUGGUGGUGGUUCAAAAAUGGCUGUCUCUUUACUGGCGGCGAAAGAUUGCAUCUUCAGGCAUCCCGGCUUCUCUCCCGGCCGUCUUCAAUCCAACUUCGCUCGCGAGGCUCACCUUUGUCAUUCAUUCUCAAUGUCCGUCUCUUGUCAUCUGAAACUCGGACAGCGAUUGAUAAGGCUGUCGCGUCUGCCCCAGUUGUUCUCUUUAUGAAGGGUACUCCGGAGACUCCUCAGUGCGGGUUUUCCCGGGCCAGCAUACAAAUUCUGGGAUUGCAAGGCGUUGAUCCCAAGAAGUUUGUUGCCUUUAAUGUUUUAGAGGACCCAGAGUUGCGUCAAGGUAUCAAGGAAUAUUCCGAUUGGCCCACGAUCCCCCAACUAUACCUUGAAAAGGAAUUCAUUGGUGGCUGCGAUAUUCUGAUGUCUAUGCAUCAGAAUGGGGAGCUUGCUAAAAUGCUGGAAGAAAAGGGAGUACUGGUGGCAGCCGACUAA